GCGCAGUCAUUGGCUAGCAGUCAUGCGCAACGUCACACAUCAGCCAAUCACAAGCCUAUGCACAUUUAUGACAUCAUAAACUCGUGGCCGUUUGAUGGUUUAAAAGCAGGGGCUUAAGCUGGAAGUGAACACAACAUUCUUUACGUACGCAGAACGGAAACAGAAGUACAUCGCAGCGAUGGCAAGAACCAAGCAGACGGCGCGUAAAUCCACCGGCGGCAAAGCCCCGAGGAAGCAGCUCGCUACUAAAGCCGCCCGUAAGAGCGCUCCGGCCACCGGCGGCGUCAAGAAGCCUCACCGCUACAGGCCCGGCACCGUGGCUCUGCGAGAGAUCCGUCGCUAUCAGAAGUCCACCGAGCUGCUGAUCCGCAAGCUGCCCUUCCAGCGUCUGGUGCGAGAAAUCGCUCAGGACUUCAAGACGGACCUGCGCUUCCAGAGCUCCGCUGUCAUGGCCCUGCAGGAGGCCAGCGAGGCUUAUUUGGUCGGUCUGUUUGAGGACACCAACCUGUGCGCCAUCCACGCCAAGAGAGUCACCAUCAUGCCCAAAGACAUCCAGCUGGCGCGCCGCAUCCGCGGAGAGCGCGCUUAAACGCCUGAUUUCAUAAGUCUUUAAACCCCAAAGGCUCUUUUCAGAGCCACC